GUGAAGUGGAGAUGCAGGAGGGAGGAGAGUGGAUAUAAGGAGGGUGCUGCAGAGUGACAGUCUACAUUGACAGCAGAUCAGGCAGAAGGAUGAGUAGGACUCUGUUGUGGCUUGUGGCCUCUCUGGCCUUUGCCUCGCUCACUUCUCUGGCUGAUGGAGCUCCAUUGCAGGUGAUGUCUGCCCCCAACUUGUUGCGGGUAGGAACACCAGAAAACAUCUUUGUGGAGUGUCAAGACUGCACAGGAGUAGACAUCAGGGUCGAUAUCAAAGUGAUGAAUCAUCCAACCAAAACCAAAGAACUGGCAACCACAUCUGUGACCCUCACUACAGCAAACAACUUCCAGGAGUUUGGACAAUUAAUGAUCCCUGCUGGUGACUUCAGCAAAGAUCCCAACAUUAAACAGUAUGUGUACCUGCAAGCUCGGUUCCCUGACCGACUGCUGGAGAAAGUCGUCUUAGUGUCCUUCCAGUCUGGGUAUAUCUUCAUCCAGACUGACAAGACCCUCUAUACCCCCAACAGCAAAGUUUAUUACAGGAUGUUUGCACUGUCACCCCGUAUGGAGCCUGUAGAGAGGGACCCUGAGACCCAAGCUGACGCUUCUAUUGCCAUUGAUAUUGUGACCCCUGAAGACAUAAUUUUACCACUUGAUCCGGUCUCUCUGAAAUCAGGGAUCCACUCUGGACAUUACCAACUUGGUGAAAUUGUGAGUCCCGGACUGUGGAAGGUGGUGGCGAAGUUUCAGAGCAACCCGCAGCAGAGCUACUAUGCAGAAUUUGAGGUCAAAGAAUAUGUGCUGCCCAGUUUUGAGGUGAAACUGAUACCUGUGAGCUCCUUCUUCUAUGUGGACAGUGAAGAGCUCACAGUCAACAUCAAAGCUACGUAUCUGUUUGGUGAAGAGGUGAAUGGUAUGGCCUACGUGGUAUUUGGGGUUAUACAAGAGGGCAAAAAGAAGAGCUUUCCAAGCUCUCUUCAGAGAGUGCAGGUCGAGAGAGGUGAAGGAGUGGUCACACUGAAGAGAGAGCACAUCACAAAGUCUGUCACAAACAUCCAAGACCUGGUGGGGAGUUCCAUAUUUGUAUCUGUCAGUGUGCUGACGGAGAGCGGUGGUGAAAUGGUGGAGGCAGAGUUGAAAGGUAUCCAGAUUGUAACAUCACCGUACAGAAUCCAUUUCACGAAAACACCCAAAUACUUUAAACCAGGAAUGUCCUUCGAUGUUGCGGUUGAAGUUCUAAAUCCUGAUGACACUCCUGCACAAGGUAUUACAGUGGUAGUUGACCCUGGCCAAGUGAUGGGCUUGACUGCUCCCAAUGGCAUGGCAAGGCUUACCAUCAACACAGACACACAGACUACAAAACUGACAGUCACCGCAAAGACCAGAGAUCCUCGUAUUACUAUACCUGAAAGACAAGCAUCAGCCUCCAUGGAUGCUGUCCCAUAUGAAUCCAGAAACAAAAACUACAUCCACAUAGGUGUGGAUGCAGCUGAGCUCAAUUUAGGAGAAAACCUGAAAAUCAACCUCAACCUCAAGCAGCAAGGCCAAAACAAUGACAUCACAUACCUGAUCUUGAGCAGAGGUCAGCUGGUGAAAUAUAACCGUUACAGGACAAGACCAGGCCAAGUACUGAUUUCUCUGUCAGUUCUCAUUACCAAAGAAAUGCUGCCAUCGUUCCGCAUCUUAGCCUACUACCAUACAAAUGACAAUGAAGUGGUAUCAGACUCUGUGUGGGUGGAUGUCAAGGACUCCUGCAUGGGCUCGCUGAAGCUGGAACCAUCGAGACCCGCUGCAUCGUAUGAACCUCGCAAAAUGUUUGGUCUGAAGGUCACUGGAGACCGAGAGGCUACAGUGGGUCUGGUGGCAGUAGACAAAGGGGUCUACGUCCUAAACAACAAGCACCGCCUCACACAGAAAAAGGUGUGGGACAUUGUAGAGAAGUAUGACACAGGCUGCACACCAGGUGGAGGAAGGAAUGGUAUGGGUGUGUUCUACGAUGCUGGGCUGAUGUUCGAGUCCAGCACGGCCUCUGGGACUCCCUACAGACAAGAAAUGAAAUGUCCUCAGGCCCCAAGCAGGAGGAAACGAACCACUACUAUAAUGGAUGUCACCACCAGUUUAAUCAAUCAUUAUGAAGACCAACUGCAACGUGACUGUUGUUUGGAUGGCAUAAAGGACACUACUGUUUCAUACACUUGUGAGAGGCGCAGCGAGUACAUAGUGGACGGGGCAGCUUGUGUCGAGGCCUUCCUGUACUGCUGCAAGCAGAUGGAAAACCAGCGAGCUGACAGGAAAGAGGACAACCUCCAACUGGCUCGCAGUGAGGAUGACAACAGUUACAUGGACAGCAAUGAAAUUGUUUCUCGCACAAACUUCCCUGAAAGUUGGCUGUGGACAGAUAUCAAACUGCCUGCUUGCCCUCGACAAACACCAAACUGUGACACCACAUCAUUUGUGAAAAAUGUUCCUUUGCAAGACUCAAUCACAACCUGGCAGUUUACUGGCAUUAGUCUGUCAAGAACUCACGGAAUCUGUGUCGGUAAUCCGUUAGAGGUCAUUGUCCGCAAGGACUUCUUCAUUGAUCUCAGACUUCCCUACUCUGCUGUCCGAGGAGAGCAGCUAGAAAUUAAGGCAAUCCUCCACAACUACAGCCCAGAUCCUAUCACCGUGCGUGUGGAUCUGAUUGAGGAGGAACAUGUGUGCAGCUCAGCUCAUAAGCGUGGAAAGUAUCGUCAGGAGGUUAAAGUUGGGGCCCUAACUACACGAUCUGUACCCUUCAUCAUUAUUCCCAUGAAGGAAGGACAAUAUCGCAUUGAGGUCAAAGCAGCUGUUAAAGACUCAUCGCUCAAUGACGGAAUCAUGAAGAUGCUGCGGGUGGUGCCUCAUGGUGUACUGGUUAAAACUCCUAAGAAUGUAACUCUAGACCCAACUAAUAAAGGUGAAGGUGGUAUACAGGAAGUAAUUAUGAACAAUGAAAUUCCGAGGAAAGAUGUGGCUCCAAACACACCUACUAGCACACAGAUCUCUUUAACAGGAAGAGAACAAGUAUCUGCACUUGUGGAGAAUGCCAUUAAGGGUAACUCAAUGGGUAGUCUGAUCUACCAGCCGUCAGGCUGUGGAGAGCAGACCAUGAUCCACAUGACCCUGCCUGUCAUUGCAACCAUAUAUUUGGACAAAACCAACCAGUGGGAAGCUGUGGGUUUUGACAAACGCAAGGAAGCCCUCCAACACAUCAAAACUGGCUAUGAGCUUGAGCUUACCUACCGUAAAAAGGAUGGAUCUUUUGCUGUGUGGAAAAAUCGCCCAAGUAGCACCUGGCUGACAGCCUAUGUUGCCAAGGUGUUUGCCAUGGCCAAAGAUCUGGUGACAGUGCAAAACCACAUCAUCUGUGAUGCUGUCAAGUUUCUGAUUCUAAAUGCACAGCAACCUGACGGCAUGUUUAGAGAAGUUGGACGUGUGUACCACGGAGAGAUGAUUGGUGAUGUUCGUGGCACAGAUUCGGAUGCCUCCAUGACAGCCUUCUGCCUCAUAACCAUGCAGGAGUCACGGACAAUAUGUGAUGCCACAGUAAAUAGUCUGCAAGGCAGUAUAGACAAAGCAGUGGCCUACCUGGAGAAGCGUCUACCCCACCUCACCAACCCAUACGCUGUUGCCAUGACAUCAUAUGCCCUGGCCAAUGAAAACAAACUGAACCGGGAGAUCCUCUACAAGUUUGCUUCCCCAGAGUUGUCCCACUGGCCAGUACCUAAGGGACAUGUUUACACACUGGAGGCCACAGCUUAUGCCCUUCUUGCUCUGGUCAAAGUAGAGGCCUUUGAAGAAGCCAGACCUGUGGUCAGAUGGUUCAACCAACAGCGGAAGGUGGGCGGAGGCUAUGGAUCAACUCAGGCCACUAUAAUGGUGUACCAGGCUGUAUCUGAGUACUGGGCCAAUGCUAAAGAACCAGAGUAUGAUCUGAAUGUGGACAUCUUGUUGCCAGGAAGGUCAAAGCCUGACAAGUACAAUUUUAACAGGGAAAACCACUUUACCACGAGAACAUCUAGAAUCAAAGACAUAAACCAGAAUGUGACAGUGACUGCCACAGGCACAGGAGAAGCAACAGUGACUAUGGUGUCGCUGUAUUAUGCUCUGCCUAAGGAAAAGGAAAGCGACUGUCAGAGGUUUAACUUGUCAGUGGAGCUCAUUCCAGAGAAAAUGGAUGAAGAUAAGAAGAUAUACAAGCUGAAAAUAGAGGUCAUGUCGAAGGACAAGAAGCACGAUGCAACCAUGUCAGUUUUGGAUAUUGGCUUGUUAACUGGCUUUACCGUUGACACCAAUGACCUGAACUUAUUGUCCAAAGGACGUGCCCGCACCAUUGCAAAAUAUGAGAUGGACACAGUCCUGUCAGAAAGAGGCUCACUCAUCAUCUACCUGGACAAGAUUUCUCACACUCAACCAGAAGAGAUCACUUUUAGGAUCCAUCAGCAGAUGAAAGUGGGCGUCUUACAACCAGCUGCUGUGUCUGUCUAUGAAUACUAUGACCAGACACCUUGUGUGAAGUUCUACCAUCCUGAGAGGAGAGCUGGAGAGCUUCUGCAGCUCUGUAGAAAUGAUGUAUGCACAGUAUGUGCUGAAGAGAACUGCAGUAUGCAGAAGAAGGGCAACAUCGACAACGAUCAGCGCACAGCUAAGGCCUGUGAGAGUACUGAGACCACCAAAAUAGAUUUUGUGUACAAAGCGGAGCUGCGGAAGUUUGAAGAUGGUUUGUCCACUGACGUUUACACAAUGCGAGUACUGAAAGUCAUCAAAGAAGGAACUACUGAUGUGGGUCCUCAGGGUAAACUGCGCACAUUCCUCAGUUACCCUCACUGCAGGCAGGCUUUAGAUCUGAGAACAGGCAAAACCUACCUUGUCAUGGGAACAUCCAAAGAUAUUUACAAAGACGAGGAAAAUCAGUCAGUCACUCAGUAUCAGUAUGUGCUCGGUGAGAGAACCUGGAUCGAGUACUGGCCCUCAGAAGCAGAGUGUCAAACUGAGGAACAUGGAAGUACCUGUAGGGGCAUGGAGGAGCUGGAACAGCAGUAUGAGCUCUUUGGAUGUCAGCAGUAGUGAAACAAGUCAAAUGUUCUUUUCAAAACCUCCACUGCUAUGAAAUAUGAGGGCUGCAAAAGUUACAAUAUUACACUGCAUUAAUUAAAAUGUUAUGGUCUCAUUG